UGGUCCAACUCAAUGUGGUCGGUAGUGAAGAAAACAAAUGAUUAUCGUAGUGUUCGAAGAGAGAAAUUCAACAGCGUUUAUCCAAUUGUCUUGCAAAAAUGCUUGAACGUUGCCUAGAGUGUUAAUGGACAAUCUCACAAGCGGUUUUAGAAAAACCCGGCGUAUUGGCUAGGUGUCGGUUUUCUCGAAAGAAGCAAAAAUUUAUUUUCAUGUGUGCGCGGGCUUGAACGAACAAAGUGUAUUCAUGUUAGUGCAAGCAAACAGAAGCAAGAGUCGGACCUGGAAACAGUAUCCGUGUGGAUUGUAUUUUCUUACGCCGCCUCUAUCGUAGAACAUGGCGAAAAAAUAAACUACCGAAAAUAAUAAAUGCUGUUUCGAAUUGGAAUCGUUACUGUUUACUAUUGAGUGUAACAGAAGCCAAGGAACGGAAGUGUUGAAUCGAGAACAAGUAGUAGCGUGGAAUCUCAGUGUGAUUUGCUGAAGUUGAGAAGAUUGCUGCCACUGUUUUGUAAGCCAAAAUGGGCGCGUAUCUUUCAGAACCUCUCACAACCAAGGAUUCUAGCGAUGAAGCGAACGAUUUUCUCGCUGCCGGAUCCAGCUCCAUGCAGGGUUGGAGAAUUAGCCAAGAGGAUGCCCACAACUGUAUCCUGAAUUUCGAUGAAAAGACAUCUUUUUUUGCCGUGUAUGAUGGGCAUGGUGGAGCUGAGGUUGCCCAGUACUGUAGCGUUCAUCUUCCGACAUUCCUCAAAGGACUCGAGAAGUAUGUAGCCAAAAACUUUGAGCAGGCUUUGAAGGAUGCCUUUCUAGGAAUCGAUGCUAAAUUGCUGGACAAUAAGGUAAUCGAAGAACUGAAGAAACUUUCGGAUAAAACCAAUGGAGAAGAUGCCAUAGAAGAGGAAGAUGAGGACGAAGAAGAUUACGACGACAAUGUCGAUGAUUUAUGCAAAGAGGCCACCAUGCCUCUGAACGAAGUUUUGCAGAUGUACAAGAAAAAUCCAGCACUUAAUAAAAUUAAGGAAGGCAACUGUUCGAAACCGGCAUCUCCUUUCCUAAAGGGAAAACGAAAGAUCCAUACAGACCAGCCAGGACCGAGCUCUAGCAAUGCAGGUCUUUCGUCUGCAGAAGCAGAUGCAACAUCCAACACGGAGGCUGGUGCUUCGGACACAGCUGAUUCUACUGUAAGUAGCUCAAGCAAUAAAAAGGAAACAGUUCAGCAGACACCAGAAUCGUCAUCAGCGUCGGACGAGAAAAAAGUGGACCAAAGUGACGAAAUAAGCGAUACCGAUGGAAAUGCAUUGACCAAAACCACAAAGGAAGAGUGUGCACCUGACAGUUCUUCGUCAAAAGCGGACGAAGAGGAAAAGUCCAAGAAGCCGACUCCUGUUAUUAAUGGAGGCGUAGACGAAGCUGUUGGUAAAUCCACCGUUUCUUCAUCUUCCACCUCCAAUCAGGAUAAUGGCGUUGCCUCAAGCAAUUCAGUUUCAUGUACGACUAAAAACACUAACAACGUUGACACUUCACCUGCUUCGUCUUCGUCAAUCUCAGCGUCACUGAAGAAAGAUGCUAGCAAUGGACCGGGCAGUUCCCUGUCAGCUGAUUCUACAGAUGAUGACGAUGACGAUGACACCGAAAGCGAUGGCAACCCAACUGCUGAAGGUCCUGAUGAAACGUCCAGUACCGAAGAUGGGGAGGAUGACAAUUUCUGCGAGGAUGCAAGCGACGAUGAAGAAGAAAUGGAUGAUGAAGAAUUCUUGAACGAGGAAGAUGAAGCAUUCAUGAAUAACAUAACCGAUGAGCCAGGAAAAGACAGUGGUUGUACAGCUGUUGUCGCGUUACUACACGAUAAGGAUUUAUAUGUUGCCAAUGCUGGUGAUUCACGCUGCGUUGUUUGUCGCAAUGGCAAAGCUUUGGAUAUGAGCUUCGAUCACAAACCCGAGGAUCAAAUCGAAUUCGACAGAAUACAAAACGCAGGUGGUCGUGUUACAUUAGAUGGUCGUGUCAACGGUGGACUGAAUCUCUCCCGUGCUAUAGGAGACCAUGGGUACAAAAUGAAUAAGAAACUACCUCCAGAGGAUCAGAUGAUCUCGGCGAUGCCAGAUAUCAAGCGUAUUGCGAUUGAACCAGAAGAUGAAUUCAUGGUUCUGGCCUGCGACGGAAUCUGGAAUUUCAUGACAAGUGACGACGUUGUAGAAUUUGUGCAAGAACGCAUCAGCGAUCCCACAAAAAAACUAUCCGAAAUCUGCGAAGAGAUGUUUGAUUACUGCCUAGCACCACACACCAAGGGUGACGGGACCGGAUGCGACAACAUGACUGCAAUUAUCGUCCAAUUCAAGCCAAGCUACACUGACGCAGUGUCGAGAAAACGGGCCGCUUCGUUAGAGCCGGAAACAUAUGCAAUUGAGAGCGAUUGCAAAAAAGCUAAAACAGAGCAAAACGCAAGAAGCUCAACAAGUGCGGGCAGCAAUGGAUGUACCUCUACAAAGGGCGACAAAGAAGAGCCGACUGGGACAACGGUGGAAUCUGUUGGAUCUAGUUUACCAACAGAUACUAAUGAGGAUGCAGCAUCUUCUUCAACGUGAAUCUAUGACAUUUAGAUACUUACAUGCAUACUCAAACCCAUAGCAACAAUCGCGAUCUGUAAUCGCUCCUAUUUUUUUGUUCAUCUGAAUCGAUCGAGUUGUUCUGUGAAUUCGAUGUCAUUGUUGAGAAAGCGAAAUCCAACUUUAUAUAGUUUACAACUUCUCUGAACAUUAUAUUACAUUAAAUUUGGUCAACCGUAGAUCGUUCACCAAUACUCGUUUGCGCUAUCAUUAGAAAAACAAUUCAAACAAAUCAUAAUGGGCAAUAGUUGCAACCAUACUUAAUGACAUUAUUUCAUUCGUUUAACAUUUGAGAGGUAGAUGACAGAGUUAUACAAACAUUGACGAAAAAGAACGUUUGUUUCGAUCAUGUAGUAUCUCCCGCAGUGUAUUGAUUGUUAGGGGGUACUACACGAUAUGACAACUACAAAUUAAAUGAAUAAUAUUCACAUAAGACGAUAGAAUUAUUCAACUGUAAUAAAAACAAUCUUAUAAGUCGAUACCUUACAAAUGAUUUUUUGCAUACAUGGCCAAUAUAGUGUGUCUAGAAUGCGAAGAAAAUUAACAGUAUGUAUUUGUAGUAAAUUCUUAUAGAAACGCGAAGAUGUGAGUUGAUCUUACCAAAUUGUGUAGAUAUUUGUUUCAGUGAUUCAAUGGAAUUCACCAGGAGAGCAUAACAAACCUUAUUUUCAGUCCUACCGAAUGUAACAACAACAUACAUAACGCCCUUUUCAUCGAGGACAUUAAGAACAUAAUUGAAAGCAUAAUUUCCAAGCGUUCGGCCCAUUAAUCUUAGUCUUUCGAGAAACACAAUAAAAUGUCUGAACAA